AUGCAAGAAAGACAAGCCACAGAAGGAAUAGCAGUUACACCUAAGAAUGCCAAAUGUCAUAUAAUUAGUUUACUUACUCAGGAGUUUAGACCUUCAUACCCUGAUACUAUACACAAUUUUAAAGCCUCAGAUCAAUGGCUUGACUAUUUUAUGAAUCAGUUUGACUUGUCUCUUCGAAGGCGUACUAAGGCUUCUCAGAAACUUCUUAAAGAUUUAUGUGAAAAAAUAGAUACUGGAGAAUAUAAAUAUACUAAGGAUGGUAGAAUGAAAAAACCAGAGCAUGAUUUGAUGUAUGAUAAAGAUAAUGCUGAAGAAAUUGAAUAUGAAUUGGAAGAAUUAGGUGAUAUCGAAGAGGUUAAAUAUAAUAUAGUAUUGGAGACGAAAAUAAAGAGAAUGAGAAAAUCAUUGCAACAGCUAAAACACAUAAUAUAG